AUGUCAUCCACCCUCCUACGCUCCGGAAGAGUGGAUGUUCGUAAGUUGUGUAAUCAGAGCAGCCUGGUGCGGGGCGUCCCCCCUUCCCCCACCACCUGCUCUGAACCAAGUGCAGAACCAAGCGAGAUGAGCAGGGCUGAAGGCACGGCCAGGAGCUCGAGCGGCCAGAGCCCCGUGAGGGAGGAGGAACGUGACCAGGCUGGUUGGUGGGUCAGCUGGCUUGAUCUGCGGGUACAAGCCAAUGACGGACUCCCCUGUAAAUGGGAACUAAUUAUACCACACCACUCUGGGGGUAGUUGUGAAGAUUAA